ACUCUGCUCUGUCCUCCACUCUCAGCUGCCAAACUGCUGUACAAGAACACACAACCUCUUCCUCUGAUUAGUCUGCACACUUGUUUUAGUCAUGGAGCACCAGUUUAGACGGCAGAGUUCUCUAGUCACAGGUUCCAGACCUGCAGCCUAUGCCCACAGCGUCAGCGGAGGAGCAGGUGGCUAUGGCACCAGGAUCUCAACCGCCGACUAUGGCACAAGGGUAGGCAGUGGCAUGGGUGGUGGGUACGACUAUUCCUACUCCUCCACUAACACUUCUGGAGCCAUGGCCAUGGGGACCGAGAAGGCAACCAUGCAGCACCUGAACGACCGCUUGGCCAACUACCUGGAGACGGUGAGGAAGCUGGAGAAGGCCAACGGGAAGUUGGAGAUCAAGAUCAGUGAGAUCAUGGAGAAGAGGGGCCCCUUGGAGGGAAGGGACUACGGCAAGUACCAUGCCAUCAUCCAAGAGCUGAGAGGCAAGAUUUUUGACAUGAUCAAGGGAAACGCGCAUCUCGCCAUUUCCCUCGACAACGCCAGCCUGGCCUCAGAUGAUUUCAGGACCAAGAUGGAGUACGAGAUGACGAUGCGUCAGACUGUGGAGGCUGACGUUGGCAGACUGAGGAAGCUUCUGGAUGACACCAACGUUAUGCGCCUUCACUUGGAGGGCGAUAUUGAGUCUCUGAAGGAAGAGUUGAUCAGCCUGAAGAAGAACCAUGCUGUGGAAGUCGCUGACAUUCGUGCCCAGAUCAGCCAGGUUGGCGUGAACGUGGAUGUUGAUAGCCGUAAAGGACCCGACCUUGCCAAGAUAAUGGAGGAGAUGAGGGAGAAGUAUGAGAAGAUUGCACUAAAGAACCAGCAGGAACUCGAAAUGUGGCAUCAGUCUCAGGUCACAGAAGUGCAGGUGCAAGUGACCCAGAACACAACAGCUCUGAAGGAAGCCACAACUGUGGUGUCUGAAACCAGAAGGAGGUAUCAGGGGCUGGAAAUUGAACUGCAGUCUGCACUAAGUCUGAAAGCAUCCCUGGAGGCAACCCUGCGAGACAUCGAGGCACGUUACAACAUGGAGAUUGAGAAGUACAACGCAAUCAUCAUGAGGCUGCAAGAGGAGGUUACUAAGAUCCGCUCCGACAUCCAGCACAACUCAAGAGAGUAUGAAGUCCUGCUUAACAUCAAGGUGAAGCUGGAGGCUGAGAUCGCCGAGUACAGGAGGCUGCUGGACGGUGGUGGUGAACUACAACUGGAGGAUGCCAUCGACUCGAGGAAAGUGGAGACCAAAGUGGUGACUUUGACCCAGACUCUGGUGGACGGCAAACUGGUGUCAGAGAGCAAGGACGUCAAAUCCAGUGAACAGGACUUACACUAAACACAGAAAGAAAAACUAUUUGUAACAAAACACCAAUAAACAAGAUUAAGUGCAACAUCA